UUAGCCUAGGCGACUCCUGUGAGGCGGCGCGGCAAGGCGCUUUCGUGGGUGCUGCGCCGCCUCACAGGACCUGCCCAGUCUGAGCUCCUCCUCACAGCCCUAGCCCGCUCUCGACCUCAUCUCCUCUUCCUUACCCAGCGCCAUGACGUUCUCUCUUUCCUCCCUGGUGCUCUUGGGGCUCUUGGGGGUCCUCCGUCAUGGCGGUGCUUCAGGUCUUCUUGAGCUCUCCUUGGGAAAAUUCAGAUAUGUGCUACUUAACCAGACCAAUCCAGAGGAAGCUGUAAUCAGGAACAUUGCAAGCAAUGUGACUGUCGUUAUUUUUCAAGUACAUUCUCAGCAAAGUGAUGUGGUGAUAUCCUUUGAUAAGAAUCCAUCCAUGAACAGCUCGGGAACUGGAGUAGACAAAGGACUGGUUUCCAUCCUUCAGCCUCAACAGAGUGUAUGUACAUGGUACCUUCGGUCACUGGUUGCUAGCCAGGUGUUGAGCACAGCUAUCUCUAUUCCUUAUAUGGAGAAAGAUCCUAUUCCUGGAGGCUGCAAUCUAGAAUUUGACUUGGAAGUGGAUCCAAACAUUUACCUAGACUAUACAUUGGUUGACAUACACAUCAAGUUUGCCCCUGCAAACUUGGGAUAUACCAGAGGAGCAAACCCACCAUCCUGUGAUUCAGGGACUGGUCAGAACUCCAGAUGGCGACUGCGCUAUGAUGUCUACCGGUACUUCUUGCCAGAGAAUGAUCUUUCUGAAAUGGUACUCAUGAGCCACAUACAGAAGAUGUCUGAGGUGCAAAGUAUCAAAGCCAAUGGCGUUAAAAUGCUUACGUUGACAACUGAUGACAAGACCAAUGUCUACUUUUCCUCACUUCCUGGACAAGGUGUGAUCUACAACGUCAUAGUAUGGGAUCCUCUUUGGAAUACUUCUGCUGCAUACAUACCUGUCCAUACAUAUGCCUGCAGCUUUGCUGACCUAGUGGAUAACUGCUCUUCUCUCAGUAAACUUUCUACCAAAGUAUUCUUCACUGCUCUUGCUGUUCUUGGCCUUUUUGCUUGCUUUUUUGGACACAGAUUCUGGAAAACAGACUUAGUCUUCAUGGGCUUCAUAUUCACAGCAUUCUUCUUCUUUGUAUUCAUUACGAGGGUAACUGGCCUUGGUUAUGACCUGCGUCUUACUUUAACAGCAGUAGCUGGAAUUAUUGGAGGGCUUUUCCUGGUUGCAAGCUGGUGGAGAUUUGGCUCUGUCCUACUCUGUAUGUUUGUUAUUGGACUUGUGCUGGGAUUUCUCUUUUCAUCAACGGUCUUCUUUACUCCACUGGGAGACUACAGAGUCUUCCGUGAUGAUGUGGUGUUCUGGGUGACCUUUUCUUCUGUAGCCUUGAUGAUUCCGGUGCUUUUUGCUGACUGUCCAAGAAUUCUGAACAUACUGGCCUCUGGAAUAGUAGGCUCUUAUGCAGUGAUUUUAGCUAUUGCUUGUUAUGUCUACACAAGUCUUGCUUACAUCACCUUAGACCUACUCAGAAGGGUCCUCAAUGAUUACUUCAGCAGAGCUUACACCAAUGUGCCUUUUCAAACAAAUGACUUCAUUAUGCUGUCAGUGUGGACAAUGCUGGCCCUUAGCGGAGUGACUGUGCAGCUUCGCCGAGAGAGAAGUGAAGUGCCCUUCCCACCACACCCCUAUCUCACCUGGAAGCGGGAAAGGGAGCGCAGAAGCACCAAUGUCUUAGAUCCUAGCCAUCAUAUCCCUCCCCUAAGAGAGAGGAUCCAUAACAAGCUACUGCAUAUCAAAGAGUGUUUUCAGAAAGAGCAGCCAGCUGGUGAGAGAACUCCAUUGCUUCUGUAACCUGCCAAAUAACUGGUAGGAACAGAAAAGAAGAAUCUAGGAAUGGUGAGAUGAAUGAUCACCAGCAAACCAGCCAGUGGUGCAGGUUUUACCACUCUAGUUUGUCAUGCUUAAUAAGAGGAUCAUAUCUAUCCAACCUGGAAGAUGUGUUACCUGUCUGGUACACUACAUGGGGUUUUUUGUGACUGACUGACUCCUCAGUGGCCCACUCAGCUUGCUGUGACAUGUGUAUGUCUAGCUGCAGAAUCUUGUAAUGAUGGUCAAGUAAAGGUAUUUAUCUUAUGAUGUGGUUUGAUGUUUAGUUAUAUUAAGUAUAAAACAGUCCUUAGAAAGCAAUCUGUACAAUGCUGGCACUUCCCUCGCAGUGCAAAAAUCACUGCUGAAAUCCUGCCUGACUUGCUGCUGAAGAUGAGCAGUCUGUUGGAGUGCAAGAGAUGAGAGGUGGGGACCGUACACAAAGUGUUCUUCUAGCAGGAGCUGAAGUAUGGCCUUCUAGUAUAGGUACAAAACGUGUGGCUGCAGACACAGUUGUUUCCAGGAAGUAUUACUGAACUUUGCAAGCUAAACUGAGUGACUUGAAUUUAAACUGCACCAAAUUGACUGUUGUAAGCAUGCACACUGUGGCUCAGGAAGUGGACUGGAUCUGAAACAAGAAGACUUUCUCCCUUGCUUUUGGAUGGUUCUGUAGCAAGCUGGCCAUCUGGUCUCUGUGCAGAGAUGACUGCUAAAAGAACACAAAAGGUUUGCUUCCUUGCUUGCUAUCUGAACAGCCUGUGUCUUGUUUCUGCUCUGGUAUAAUCUUUUGAUGGUGCUGUCAUAAAAGAAAAACUAAGUAAGCUCUUUGUGGCCAACUGCAGGGUUUUUUUUUUUUCCCUGGAACUGGUUAAAACCACUAUUUUUUACUUUUAAUCAAUGUAUCUUUUAAUUUUGGCUUUAAGGGGUGAAAAUGGCAUCCAGCUAGCAAAAUACUGGCUGGGAUCCUUGCUGACCAAAUGUGUUCCUUACCAAUUGAGGAUUGUAUCUGCCCAAAGCAGAAUGCAGUAUAAAAACAGAUAAGGGACCGCUCCUGCAUUCAGUGGAAGAUUGUGAUCUUGUGUGAUGGCUUUGCUUCCUCAUAAACGACCCAAACAUCCAUUUUCAGAAUGCAAACUGGAGUGUUGUGGCUUUGCCUCACAGAAAUGCACAAGCUAUCCUUGGUUUUACCUGUCCUGAGGGGCACCCUAUACCCAGUCUUGGUCUUCACACUCAGUGUUUACUUGGUGAUCUGUCACGCAUUAAAUGAUGAUUGAAGUCUUGUGUCGUGUAUCUCGAUACAGGCUGUGGUGGCUCUUCCUGCUGCUGCUUCUCAUUAUCUUUGUACCUUCAGUGUGGGCAGUGAAGUGUGUAGUCCUUCUGUCAAGGGGAACCACCAUGAGGGAACACCCUAGUGGUGGAAACUGAAAUUCUUGGGCCCCACUUUAAAUUCUUGGCAGUAAGUAUGUAGGCAAUCUUUGUAAGGAAACUGGCAAAAGAACUUUAUAUGGAAACUUAGUUGAAACUUUAAAAACCCUGGCAAUAGAAAAGAAACAAUGACUUCAAAAUACUUUACUUACCAGCCAUUUUUCUUCAAGGAGUGAAAGCUUAAUGACAUAGUAUCUCAGGUGACUGAGCUCAUCUGAUGUUUAGAGACACAAAUCCCAUGACUGCUUGGAGCUGGAAUGUCUGCAUCAAAACAGCAGAGCAAAACUGAAAUUCUGCAAUUUGAAUCUUGCUUCACAGUGCUGUUUCAUGGUGCAUGGGGGUAAAGGAGGAGCUCUGUCCCUGACCUCUGGCAGGCUGAUGCUUGCCAGCAGCCCUUUACCGCACUAAUACUGAAUAUGUCUUUGCAAUAUUUAAUGGCAAAUAGCAAACACUGAGUUGGUAUACAAAUGUUCUUAAACAUGUUUACCUUGGGGUUUUUAUAACUGCUGUGAUUAACAUUGUGCAAGAAACUCCAAUUUUCUCUAUCUUUUAUAAUAAAGAUGUCUUUUGAAAGAAUAUUGAAACUAAAGGAGUGUCUCUGAAUUCAGUGAUGCUUUUACAACUUAGUUUCUGCCUUUGGUAGUGUAGGGAUAAGUCUGUUUUUAAAAAAAAUAUUAGUCCCUCAAGGGAUGAGGACAAGGCAGGGAGCUUAGCUGACUGGUUGCAAGUACUUACUGUAGCUGCAGUGACACCCAGAGGCUGAGUGUGGUUAUGUUCUGUGUGAAGCUACUGGUCAAGUGCAUGAUCCUAAGAGGCUUUUUUUGUAUAGCUUGAUCAGACAAUGGUUGUCAUCCACUUCUUCACUGGUAACUAGGCUGCAAGGUCAUAUAGGAAGUCUGUGGCAGAACUGGGCUUAGAAUCUCAGAAAAAGACUUCAAACUUUGAGAUUUUUAUUACUGCUAAAAGAUGGUAUGGGAAUUUUCUUCCAUAUUCUGUAAGCCAUAGUGAGUAACAGUGAUAAUAAUCAGGAUACACUAACUGAUCCACAGGGGUGUUGAAGGGGUAACUUCCAAGGCUUUAUGUAACCUCUGAGAAAGGAAAAGGAAAAUUGGAU